CCCUAUUUUUAUUUUCUUAACGAUUAGUAUUACUCGAUAGUCAAUUUCACAGUAAUUCGUGGUUCCACGACUGGUCCUCUUUUUGAAGAUGAGGUGUACAAGACCGAUCGAUCACGUACGGUUGAUUCUUACAGAGAUCAUCACAGGAGUGCCGCAGGAAUCUAACGCGACUACAACAUCAUUCACCGUCACAACGCAAUUCGUAACGCACAAGUCGACCAGCCCCACCGAAAACUCGCCCGGGAUUACGUUCUCGGAUACGACAGUCAUCUCGCCGACGAGGACGACGACGAAGAAUGCGUCGACAACGAAUACCGCGAUAUUCUCGACAAGUUCGACUACCACACCUGCCACAAGUGCACCGACAAGUGAGACGUCGUUCUCGUCAAAUGCUACUUCCGCAUCGAGCAUUACAGCGGUUACAUCGGAAACGGACGCAACGACGAACGCAUACAGGACGGUGCCGAUGACUACAACGGAGAAAUCGUCGACAGCGACUGUACCGAUAGAUACGACUAUUACGAAAAAUACGACGAGAGUCAUCACGACGGAUUCGCCGCGAACGAGGAGCACCGCAGCCGAGACGUCGACUAUCACGUUGGAAACUCCGAGGACCGAGCGAGUCACUACUGAGACCGAAACCACGAGAAUCGUCGCGACGACUAAAAUAACAACUGAUGUAGAUACGACAACGCGCGCAACCGACAUUCCAUGUGAGAAUUUCAAUUAUGUCGCGAGAGACGCGAGUACCGGAGUGGCGUGUAUUCGAGUUAACAUGACAGUCCAAAUCAAUUUGCGAUACACGACGAAUGAUUCUCAGGUAAAUGGAGCUACUUUAACAGUCCCAAAGAAAGCAAAGACGAGCGGUGUCUGCGGUGAUAAAACGGCUGAGAUGACUUUAAGCUGGAAAGAUGCUGUCGAGAAUUUAGCCGAUGGUGAUAUUCAGGAAAAUAAUAUCACAUUUUAUUACACUCAUGACGAUAGCAGAUACUUCCUCGAUUCCACUUCCGUCAAUGUGUACUUGGACAAUAAUAAUUUCCCAAAUGCGCAAGGUAAAAGAAUGAAAGGAGACACAACGGGCAGACACUUGCGGUUGUUCCCCACGCUCAUGAAAGACGGACCAUUUAUACGCCAAUUAGGAACCAAAAUAAACGUCGGAGAUGAGAUGGACGUUGUUAUCUCUGAUAUCAACUUCGUCGUGUUUACUGGCUGCUCUGGCGAUGCCAGUGCGAGAACAGAUGAAGACCACAUCGUCAGGGCAGGUUUUAACAAUAGCACGAUCGUUGCUGGAGUAAUCGGUACUAUCGUUUUGAUUCUUGCCAUCUUCUUUUUAAUAUGGUGCAAGAAAAAAAAGAACGUCGCGAGGUCCGAACCUCACUUACCAUGAAGAGACAGUUUUAUAUCAAGUUUUAUAUAUAAUUCUUAGAAGUAUCUCGGUUGCAAAAUAUGCGUUAAGUUACUCGUCGUAUUCAUCUUUCUUAAUUAAGCACUUUUGGAGAAGAGCAGAGAGAAAAAGACAGAGAAAGAGGAAAAAGGAGGAGGAAGAGAAAUGGCAAGUAUGUGAAAGUUCGGAGAGGAUGUGCCCUUUUUUAUGUCUAUGAAUGUUCCUUUUAUGAUAUAAGAAAAGUAUUUUUAUAAUUUCAU